CUCGCAGUGCGCAGGCGCGGUGUCUCCGGCUCUCGAGGAUCCGCGUGCCGGCUGGUGGCUCCGCGGCUCGUCCUCGGCAUCAUGAGCGGCUUCAGCAGCGAGGAGCGCGCCGCGCCCUUCACCCUCGAGUACCGGGUCUUUCUCAAAAAUGAAAAAGGACAAUACAUAUCCCCGUUUCAUGAUAUUCCAAUUUAUGCUGACAAGGAUGUGUUCCACAUGGUGGUGGAAGUACCACGCUGGUCUAACGCGAAAAUGGAGAUAGCUACCAAGGACCCUUUAAAUCCGAUUAAACAAGAUGUGAAGAAAGGAAAACUCCGAUAUGUGGCCAACUUGUUCCCUUACAAGGGAUACAUCUGGAACUACGGUGCCAUCCCUCAGACUUGGGAAGACCCCGGACAUAAUGAUAAACAUACCGGCUGUUGUGGUGACAAUGACCCAAUUGAUGUGUGUGAAAUUGGAAGUAAGGUGUGUGCAAGAGGUGAAAUCAUCAAGGUCAAAGUUCUGGGCAUAUUGGCUAUGAUCGACGAAGGGGAGACUGACUGGAAAGUCAUUGCUAUUAAUGUGGAUGAUCCUGAUGCUGCCAAUUACAACGAUAUUAAUGAUGUCAAACGGCUGAAACCUGGCUACCUAGAAGCUACUGUGGACUGGUUUAGAAGGUACAAGGUUCCUGAUGGAAAACCAGAAAAUGAAUUUGCUUUCAAUGCAGAAUUUAAAGAUAAGGACUUUGCAGUUGAUAUUAUUAAAAGCACUCAUGACUAUUGGAAAGCUCUAGUGACUAAGAAGACGGAUGGAAAGGGAAUUAGCUGCAUGAAUACAACAGUGUCCGAAAGCCCCUUCAAGUGUGAUCCUGAUGCAGCCAAAGCCAUCGUGGACGCUUUACCACCACCAUGUGAAUCUGCCUGCACAAUACCAACAGAUGUGGACAAGUGGUUCCAUCACCAGAAAAACUAAAUCAGUUUCCCUGGAGCGCAAGCUGAUGUUACCACAGCCUUUUCACCUGAAAACCUCAGAUGCAAAUGUAGUAACUCUUCAGAGGCCUGGAUUUACAGAACUCAUCUCACUAAACAUCUGCCGUGACCCGGCCAAGGCUCUCAGAAUAUUACUUGUCUCAAAGCAUUGUUCAUGUCUCAUCUAAGAUAACUUACCCGCUUAUAUAAUAGCAAAGGUUUGGAAGUCAUUUGUGAACAGUUGUGCAAGAGGAACACAUACUGGAUGUAUAUGUUGACUGUGUAUGAGCAAAUAAAAUUAUUUUGCUGAAA